AUGCGGUUCACUGCGCUCGCCUGGGGCGUUCUCGGUCUUGUUGGCUUCGCCGUUGGUGAGGCUGGCAACCCAGAAGCGUCUUGUUCAUCCAGCUUGACUAAGAGGUUGACUCGAUCUCACCUGCCCGUGAUCUCAACUCCGACUCGGAGUGUCAAAUCCCACCCGGUCUACGAUCCAUCAACUCGGACCGUCGAGGUGCCCACCGUUACUGGCUUCCAUGUUGGUGACGCUGCCUCUUCGUCCGCAAAGCAGAUCUCUUUGACGUUGCCCAUGACCAGUACUUGCAACGAGGGUUCUACGACACUUGAGCAGUUGCAACAGACGAGUGUUUGCACCGAUGCGAAGACCCAGUCUCUGGACACUCGUCCCUGUGCGGCAAGCUUUUACGUGUAUUACGUCUGCCUCACUACCGCCACUUCCAGCAGCAAGAGCAACGACUUCGGUGGUACUCGCUCCCAGCGCUGGGUUGCUCAGUUCGCUCACGCCACGCCUGCCACUUCCAGCAGCAAGAGCAACGACUUCGGUGGUACUCGCUCCCAGCGCUGGGUUGCUCAAUUCGCUCGCGCCACGCCUGCUGUAGCUGAUCCUAUCGUGGAGCUUCCUGCCGCUGCUCGCGAGGCUCGUUUGGAUGCCAAGUUCGACGCUCGAGCUGCCCGCGAGGCACACCUGGACCCCGAGUUCGACACCCUCCCCGAAGCCGCGCGCGAAGCCCGUCGUGACGCCGGAUUCGCGCCUUCACCCGCCAUCACCCCCGUUCCUCGCGCCGCAAUAAUCUCGCCCCCUCCCUUCCCCAUCUGCACCUUCAACCUCGACAAGGGCGAGUACAUCUGCCCCGAAAAGGCCAAGCGCCAGGCCCUGCCUCUCUGCUCGUUUGAUCUGUCAAAGGGCGAGUAUGUGUGCCCGAAGUCGCUGUGUACGUUUGAUCUAAGCAAGGGCCAGUAUGUGUGUCCAAAGGUUGCGCCGCGGACGGCUAUGCCGGAUGAGCUUGGGAUGGACGAGGUGCCGACCACGAUGAAGACUGUUACAGUCUAG